GACGUUUUGGCAUUUUGAUUAUCAUGGAUAAAAUAUAGUUAAUUCGUAAAUCUAUGGUUAAUUUUAGCAAGGGACAUACUGUGAAAUGAAUGUGUCUAUGUGUAACUAUGUUACUUUUUCAAAUGGAUUUUCAAACAACCGUUUCAGUAACAAACAAUAAUUACAUAAAAGUUCGUCACAACACGAACAAAUAAUAAUAAUAAACAAUUUAAAUUGAAUAAAGGGUUACUAAAGGAUCCUGCUGAUAGCCAAUGACAGUGUCUCCGUUGUUCUUUACGUUUCUUCUGAAUAAAUCCAAGGGGCGGUCUUCGCCGAGUGCCGCAGAUAUCGAGAAGGCGUAACGUUAUUUCUCUUCUGUGGAGUGUUUUAUGCCGAAGACAUGCGCUACCAAUAGUAGCUAUCUUUUAGAAGCGGCUCACGUAUUUAUUUAAGCGGUGCAAUCUGUCCAGUGUGUUUGGAGGGGAUGGGAUCUUGGGAUAUGGGCCGUGCAUGGGAACAGCAAGAACCGCUUCUUUACAAUUAACGUUAGAUCUACACCGGAUACCGGGAAAUGAACCACGCACGAGCAGCGAGCUGGGUACUAUCUAUAAGAGAAGCUGUCAGCAUAAAUAUCUGAUAUGUUUAAUCUGAUUUGAUCCCUUGCAUUGAUAGCAUUGAUAUUCUCUAUGUAUGGCCGUUCUGUCAUCAUGAUAUCGGGGGUGUGAAGGGGCGCGCGCGUGAGCCGCAUCCGCGCGACCUGCAUCUCAACAUGACAGCAAUGUAUAGAAAAGGAAGGAUACCAAGCAGGAAGACCUGUGGUUAUCCAGGAGACAUUUUAUCAGGGUCAGAUGGCCUGUCUUGAAUAAGAAACGUGUGAAAAUGGAGUGCUCUGGUUCAAGGAUGGAACUGAGGAGCCCGCGGCGACUGCUCGGAUGUUGCGCACUUCUUCUCGCCGCAGCGAUGUUGGUGGGAUAUGUUGCAGUGGAGCUCCCAUCCAACAUGUCCAGAAGGAGCCUCAAACAGCUUCCAACAAGAACACAUUCACCUCCUGCCUUAUCUUCUUCUUCAUCAUCAUCAUCAUCAUCAUAUUCUUCUCAUCAAUCUGAGAGAACCAGGCGUCCAGCUUAUACACCUCCAGGUGCCAAACAUCCCUCAUUCCCUGGACGCCAUGACAGUGCCUCCAGCAUAGAUCCCACCCCAUCCCUCGGUUCCGAAGGGUCGGGUAACUUAGGUGACGGGGCCCAGGGUAUACACCUGCUAUUACGACCCCCAGACCUUCUAACACCCAGCCAGAUGCCUCCCCUCCAUGACAACAGACCACCGACACCAGCCCCCCCAACCCUGGUGCCACCCGAAGACCAGUAUCCUGUCCACUCCGCAGAGGUGGAUUGGGGCUCUGGAGACUACCUUGAAACUCUUACUUUCAUGGGAUCAGAAGGGGAGGAGUUUUCUCUCGUCACCACCCUUCCUACGCAUGGAUACGAUUUGUAUGAUACGGAGGAUGAUGCCACAGUCAGCUACAACACAGCUUUCCCCUCUCGCCCCGUCCUGCCCCUCUCGUCAAGAGACCUUCAACCCAGCGUUACUGUAAAAUAUGGGACUAACUUAAGGACGGCCCAUCCUACCGAUCCCCGCCUCCCAUUGUCUCCUGACUCCGCCCAUGCGAGCGAUAUGGAUGAUGAUUUGGAUUUCGAUUGGGCGGAGCUUUUUCCCAUUGAGCCGACUGAAAUGCUGCUUCCUGAUAUGAACAGUCUGGAAUAUUACAACACAUUGCAAGCCAAAGAGAAUGCUAGUAUUGUGAGGAAUAGGACGCACCCUCAUAUUAUCCCUACGCACACUGUGGGACCCACCCACACUCCCACUGCAACUUUGGGGAAAAUCCCGAUUGAAAUUGACUGGACAACUCCUCAAACUAUUCCAUCAGUAACCCCAACUCCACCCCAAAAACCUACAAAGCCUCCCAUUCCAUCAACCAGCGAGAGCCAACGGCCUCCUGAAGGCCCAGAGAAGGGUGUUCCUUCCAUACCCACGUCCCAUGUGGGCAAAACCCGAACAUUGCCAACCGCCCUUCCUCCACCCGGCACCUUAGAGGGUCCAGUAAUACAAGCCAUUACACUGAAGCCCCCUGCUACCAAACCCCGUAUUACCACCAUCAAAACCACCACCAGAACUACAACCACAACCACGGCCACCAAAAGCCCACCGCCUACAACUCCCAGGAUUCCUCUGUCCAUUGCACCCCGACAGAAUGUCUGCAAUAUCACCAAACCGGACAUGUACCUAGUCAGAGUGGGCAUGCCUAGUGGGUCAUCGGUUGCGUUUGCCAAAGCUCAUGUGCGGGAGAUUCUUCGACGAGAGUUCAACCGUUCAGUGGAGCUCCAGGUCCUCAAAGCCCCGCCCAAUUUCAUCUUCCGGGCAGUUUCCGGUCCACUGGUGUAUACUGCUAUCUCUGUCAUUAAUGCUCUCCGUCAAUCAGCGCACAGCACUUCCUCUUCUUCCAUUCUUUCCGUCACAACUAUAUAUGCAGUGCCUGAUUACAAACAUCAGGUCCACACAGUGCUGCAGUUUGUACCAAGUCAUGUGGAUGUGCGUCUGUGUAGUUUCAGCGAGCGUGUAGAGAAGGGGCUACUCAUGGCGUAUGCGGAAGUACGCAAACGCUCACAAGAAAAUGGAAAUUUCACAGUUCAUAUUGUAAAUAUCACUAGUAGCCUUCCUAAGGGUCAGCGGCAGCAGAAGGCACCGGUGGACAUCACUUUUGCUGUGCGUGAUUCUAAAGGCUUCCUAAUGGGAUCAGAUGUGAGUGGUCACAUGAGGCAGCUCAGCGCUGUGGAGUUCAGCUUCUACCUUGGUUUUCCAACCCUGCAGAUCGCUGAGCCUUUUCAUUAUCCUGAACUGAAUAUGUCCCACCUGUUACGCACAUCCUGGGUGAAGACAGUGUUAUUGGGUGUUUUGGACCAGCGUGUGAAUGAGAGGACUUUCCAGGCCAAAAUGGAGAGGCGAAUAGCACUGCUGGUUGGAGAGGGACUUGGGAUCGGGGUUAGCAGUCGGCGAUGGAGAAGAGCUACUAGUAUUGGCAACAACAGUGUACAGAUCGUGCGGACGUCCCGUCUGAAUGGCCCGGACUACCCGCUGGAGCUGGUGUAUUUUGUGGAAGCGGGGUCAGGAGAAAGGCUGCCAGCUCAGGCCACUGCAGCCAUGCUCAACAGACUGAACCUGCAGAGAGCCGCCAUCGUACUGGGCUACAAAGUACAUGGAAUUCUGGCCACACCGGUGGAGAAGCUAGCCCUGCCGCCCUCUGAGACUCAGCCCAGUAACGUGUGGCUGAUCGUAGGAGUUUUGUUCCCAGUUCUUGUUGUCAUCCUCAUCAUCAUCAUCCUCUACUGGAAACUGUGCCGUUCUGAAAAACUUGAGUUUCAGCCAGAUGCCAUGAGCACCAUCCAGCAGAGACAGAAGUUGCAGCCUCCCAGUGUUAAAGGCUUUGAUUUUGCUAAACUACACCUGGGGCAGCAUAGUAAGGAUGACAUCAUGGUAAUCCAAGAACCCGCCCCUUUGCCGGCGCCUGUUAAAGAGGCCACACCCUCAGAGGGCGGAGAAUUGAACACUCCUAAAUCAAAGAGCUCAUCUACAAAAGCAUCCCGUGGAGCACGCAGAAGAGGCAGGUUGUCUCCAUCUGAUGGAGAUUCAUUAGGAAGUGAAGCAUCCAGCGGUAGAGAAUCAGCCGAGGAAAGCACCAGACCUGCUGUGACGCCAAGUGACAACAAACCUCAACAUCGCAAGAGCAAACAUUCAAAAAACAAACUUGGUGCUCAACCCGGAAGUAGUGUGGAUGAGCAGUUGUCUUCAUCAUCCAUAUUUGAGCAUGUGGACCGCCUCUCUCGAGGUUCGUCAGACGGAACACGCAGAGUCUCCAAUAAGAUCCAGCUCAUCGCCAUGCAGCCCAUGCCAAGCCCUCCCUCACAUCCACAUAACCAGGCCCUGAGUCCCAACCUGACAGACAACAUGCCUGACGGAGCAGAGGUCAACAGUGAGAUCCAAGUGGCCUUACGGCAUAAAUCUGAGAUCGAACACCAUCGCAAUAAGAUCCGCCUGCGGGCGAAGAGAAAGGGCCACUACGAGUUUCCCUCCAUGGAGGACAUCAUGACAGCGUUCUGCGACAGCUCCGAACAACACCGAGUGUAUCAACAAGCUCAGGAACAGAUACACAAGAUCCUGCAUCCUGAAGAAAACACACCUUCAUCGUGCAGAGAGCCACGAAAAAGCUCUAAGGGAAGACGCUCUCCCAGACAUAGACAAAGACAGAAUUUGAGUGGAAGCGGAAGUUUGAGAGACAAAGAUCGCCUGAUUUCUGAUGGAGAUGCCACGUAUAGGAAGUACCCCGGGGUCAACAAUGUGGCCUAUGUGUCCGAUGCAGAUCAGCUCCCAGAUGCAGGAAGCCCUUCUCCUACUGAUGAGGUGUUUUUAGACCCUGGAUCGCCGCCGUCUGACCUCGCCCCUGCCCCACCCAGCUACGUCCCUCCUCAGCCAACCAUAGAAGAAGCCCGGCAACAGAUGCACUCCUUAUUGGAUGACGCAUUUGCUCUGGUCUCACCUUCUUCUCAAGGAAGCCCUGCUCCUCUAACAUUCACUGGCGUUACGGCGGUCCCUGGGGUCGGAGCAAUCAGCCCCGGUCAACCCUCAAGCCCAUCCUUACGUCCUUCACGCCAGUGGGUCUCCUCUUCUUACCCAGAAGCCCCUAUACACAGUCCUUUCUCUGCGAGGUAUGCUGAGUUAGGAAUGUCUCCCACAUCGGUUCAAGGUUUACUGCAGAGCCAGACCCAGGGUUCUGGAUAUGUGGUGUCAGCAGAGAUGCAGUCAGAUCCUGGAUACUCCAGCAGGGGGCAGUAUGGAGAAGAGAUGCCAUCGUCUUCUCGGCCACGACCAGUAGGGGGCAGCACAGGUAAAGGUCUUAAUUGGUAUUUGAACGUUUGGUUUCAGUUCUAUGACCAUUUCUAUGUGUUGUCGUGUGUGUGUGUAGGUGCACAGUUGCAUCAGCUGACACAAGUGGGCUUGUCAAGUCGGAUUGGACUGUAUCCUGGAGUUGGCCGUAGUGUAUCUGGACCUUCAGGAUCAAGCUGGGCCCAUUACCGCUCAGAUGAGGAGAUUUCCAGACCAGGAUCCAACCGAGAGGCUAUACUGACAUUCCCAGAGUACUCUUCAUCACCAGUUUUCCAGAUUCCUAGGAUGACCCUACAGGAUCCCACAACACCCCAGGGUCACCUGGAUGCCUCGAGCACUGGGUACAUCGCCCCUGAGGAGCGUUCUCCACCCCCCCAAUCCUCUGCCUCUCUCAUCAAGGCUAUCAGGGAAGAACUCCAGAGACUUUCUCAGAAACAGGCUGCUGUUGUCAGCUACCAGAGUUGAAAAAGACCAUCCCAAAAACCCCAGCCCUGGUGAACUUCCCAAUGUACCACAUAAACAAACUCACAAAUACCAACACAUCUCCAUGGAUGAGAAGCUGCUUUACACAGGAUCCAAACCGAAAUCUUCAAAUUCAAGUACGGCUGGUCUGUUACAUAUGAAGAAUUACUCGCAAUCUUCCAUACUGGUGUUGCCAAGACAUCCACGAUUUAAAUUCCACUGCUGACAAGCAGAAAAUAAACUUAAGUACUCUCUUCUAUAAUUCACAAAGAAAAAAAAACACAUGUCCAGACUGUUUAGAAAGUAGACAAAGUUUCCGCAUAUUCAGACUCUCAAUUUGCAUGCUGAGAGCUGUGACAGUAGUUAAUGUGAAAAUACCUUCCCUUUAGUUCCAUGGCUCUCAAAGUGCUUCCUCCAAAUGGGUCAUCUUCAUGUCUCUGGAUUUCCUCUGGUGCUAAUACCACAAUUCAUUCCUGCCCAAAAACUUUCCUUUUCCUGUUCUCCCAUUUAUCCAAGACAGCUUAUCAAGGGGAAAAUGUGCUCUGUUCCAAAACCUAGUGAGCUGCUCGAUGUGAAAUCGGGUCCAAAGGUCCAAAGGUCAACUUAAUCAUGUUCGCUUAAAAGAUACAUUUAAGCUAAAUAUGUUUUGGUUAAAUAUGUUUUAACCAAAAAGUUAUAUUUUAUUUGAUAAUAUUCAUUAAAACUAGAUAUUAUCUAUAUAUUAUCAAUUUAUGUAUUUUUAUACUCAUUGUAUCACAUUGUUAGCUUAGCAACAUGCUAACAGGUCAAACCCUGAACAGAGCAAGAAAAAUGUUGAUUAUAAAGUAUUAUUUCAUUCAGUAACGUUCAUAAAAACAUUAAAUAUAUUAUUUUACUCAAAGUUUGUGAGUUUUAUGUAUUUUUAUACUUAUUUAAAAUAUCAUGCCAUUAGCUUAGCAACAUGCUAACGUCAAACCCUGGCCAGGGCAAGAAAAAUGUUGAUUAUACUUUGUAUUCGAUAAGCUAUAUUUAAUUUGAUAAUGUUAAUAAAACCAACGUGUGAUAUUGUUUAAGUUUGUACUUAUUGGAAUCUCAUCUCAUCAGCUUACAAACAUUCAAAAUUGGGAUGGGACAAGAAAAUUUUUUAUAAGCUAUAUGUAAUUCGAUAACAAUCAUACUUCAAAUGUGUUUUGUACCCAGGAUUUGCAAGUACUGUAUAUUUUACUUAGGCCAAAUAGAAUAACACACUGUUAGCUUAGCAAAAUGCUAAUGUAAAACUCUAGACGGAACGAGAUAUAUUAUGAUUAAAAUGUAAUAACUCAUUCAAUAACAUAAAAUCUUACAUUUUUACCCAACAUCUCUGAGUAUUUCUAUAUUAAUUAGAGAAUCACGCCAUUAGCUUAGCAACAUGCAAUUGAAAUCAAUUGCAAAAUCGAGUCUGUCUGUGAUGAAGUUAAGAAUAAGCCACUCAUUAGAUUCCAUGACACUGUCUUUUUAGACAGCUGUAGCUCACUAGGUUUUUGAACAGAGCUAAUAUCUGUCACGGUCUUCAGGUCUUGUCUUACAUUUGAGCUCUGGCAAAGUCCUUUCUAUAAACUGUCUCUGGCUUUGGUUACUUCAGACUCUGCGGGGGAGGGAAGAAGAGUUACUGUUGGGAUCAUAAACACUGAAGUGAGUUUCUGAGUCAGCCCACAUGUGGAGAUGAUUGACAUGCGGCCUCAGCUGCUGACCAGCAUGGUUCCCAUACCGAUAACAUCAUAUUAUUUUGUCCAACCCGUCUGAAUCUGAGGAGAGGUAUCAAAGCAAGCGUUCACGAUGCCCGUGUUUAUUCUUUUAAGCUCUUUUUGCAAGUGGGUAUUGAAUAUUGGCUGUCCAAUCAGUUCUUUUUAACGUAGUUUCUAAGUUUAUGCAUAUUCAUUUUGCACAUUUUCUCAUCUUUGCACAUUCAUAUCAUUAUGAUGAUGGAAGUCAAUCAGUUAAAGAGUUUAGUGGAAAAGAGAGACAACUAUACAGUAACUAUAUAAAGAAAGAUACAAGUGAGUUCAUAUACAAAUAUUAAUGUAUUAACUCAUUGAGCACAAUCUGAUUAUAUGUUAGAAUAUAUGUUAAGCAUAUUAGAUUGUAUUUAUUUUAUAUUGUUAUGAAAGUGUAAUGUUUUAAAGGUGUGGGAAAAGUGUUGCUAUGGGACUAAAAAAACAAAAGACCAAAUCACUGUUGAGGCAUAUAGUUCAUUUAGCUUCGUAAUUCAGUAGGCAUUUUCAAUGUAUUUUCAUGUAUUUGGUCAUGUGGAUUUGCACAGAGGUAUUGUAAAGGAAAUGAGUUGAGGUUUAAGGCCUUGAUCAGUAAUCUGUUUUAAAUCUUUAUCCUAUUUUUAUUAAUCUCUUUAUUUUUUAGUUUAGAUUUUUUUUUUCUAAGUAUUAUUGAUUUUAUUUUUUUUUGUACUGGGUUUCCACAACUGGAAAUAUUGAAAAAUUGUGUUUGAAAAUUGUUCAUUAAAAGAUCAAAUCUGAUGUAAUUAAUAUAAUAUUUUCUAGAGUCCUACAAGUUAUUUUAUUAACUUGAAAUAGUUUUUUUGCGAGUGCAAUAAAAUGCUUUUAAAAAUCCAUAUCCAUUAAUCACAAAUUACUUCAAAGUUUAUGGAACAAAGAGUUGUGGAAACCCAUUUCUUUCUUCUUUUUUAUUUCUUUCUCUCCUUAAUAUUUCUGUUUUCUUGCUUCUAUCAUUUUCCUUCCUUCGUUCUUUCUGUUUUUCUAUCGAUCAUGACUCCUGGAAGGCCUUAAAUCGGGAUGCAUGAGAAGUAAUGGAUUAUGCUUUAUUUCUUCCUUGUUUAUUUUGUGUGCUAAUAUCUUGAUGGGCAUGCUAAUAAUCUAAAAAUAUUGAAAAAUACAAACAAACUUGAUAGAAUUUAGCCUACAUUGAAAGACUACUAUGUAAUGGUUUAUGAGACUAAAAACCAGUGGUCAAAGCACAGAGAAACCACCCUGAUCAUCAUCAAAAGAAAAAAAAAAGUAUUUUGUCAUUUAUAAACCUGAAUAAUAUUUUUGAAAGUAUUUAAAAAAUCAAUAUUUACGACUAAAAUAUAUCAUAUAAAAAGUGUAUUAAUAUGUAAAUGGACAUUUCUCCAUAUUUAAAUAUUCAGUAUAGUCUAUAGUUGACCAGUAAGAGGCAAACAUCAUUGGUAGACUCUCUUUCCCACUGCAAAGACCAA